GGCGCCAUUUGAACUCUGCGGAAUUUGUUUUGAUGGAGCUCGAGGUACUGGAAAUGUGUAAACAAAAACGAAUGCGGCCACUUGAAAGAUAGUAGUCUAACGGCAAGGUAAACGAUGGACGAAAUCAACCCCCAUUACCGCUUUAUGAACUGGAGGCGGAGGAUACGGGAGGUGCGGGCCGUGCGGUACCGCGAGCGGUUCAAGAGGAUGAUGAGGGAUGGAGAAGUGCUCAGUUACCAAGGGAACUCUGAUGAAGUUGGCUGCUACGUGGCUCCAAGGCCGUUAUCCAAAGGAAACUGCUACUUUGAGUUGUUGGAGUACAUGGGUAAAGGGAAAAGCAUCGUGGAUGUGGGUUUGGCCCAGGCCCGUCUACCCCUCAACACACGCUGCCACUACUAUGAGCUGGAGAUCACUGAUGCAGGAGAGAAGUGCUACAUCGCCCUGGGACUGGCACGCAGGGAUUACCCCAAAAACAGACACCCUGGCUGGAGCAGGGGCUCCAUAGCCUAUCAUGCAGAUGAUGGGAAGCUCUUCCAGGGUAGUGGGGUGGGGGACGCCUUUGGCCCUCGCUGUUUUGAGGGGGACGUCAUGGGCUGUGGCAUCAUGUUCCCACGGGACUACAUCCUGGACAGUGGAGAUGAACGUGACGAUGGGGACCCGGAGUUGCGGCCUAAGCAGCAGCAUGUCCAGAAUGACCUCUAUAUGAACGAUGAAGACGAGGAGGAGGAUGGGGAGGAACUGGAGGGGAGGAAGGUCGUGGUGUUCUUCACACGGAAUGGGAAGGUGGUGGGCCGCAAGGAGGUGGCAGUGCCAGCAGGGGGGUUCUAUCCUACCAUCGGCAUGAUGAGCACCGGGGAAAAGGUCAGGGUGGACCUGCACCCUCUAAGCGGGUGAGAGGAGAGGGGGAGGAUGGAGGAGAGGAGGGUGGAGUGAAGAGAGUAGGGACAUGACCAGAGAGAAGUGGCUCCAACACAGACAGACACACACACCACAAACUUGGAGGACAGGGCCAGCUGCAUAAGCGGUCGCUUAUGGCUCCAAGCCAAUAGCC